AUGUCUGAAACGAGGGUAAUGCACCUGAACGGUGGUUUUUUGCUGGGGAUUGCUACAUGGGUCUUCUGGGGACCUCUUCCGGGUGAGUCCCGGACCUCACGCGAUGCUGGAAAGGCCUCCCGUCGCUUCCGUCACAGCUACCCGACAUGCGCGCAAGGGGUUUAA